AAAUCUCGGUGGAGCCUAUGUUUUUUGCAAAGUUCAGCAUUUUUUAAAAAUCAUUUUUGUAAACAAAUUACGUUUUAUGUUUAUAUUUUGAAUACGCUUGUGUUUUUAAAAAAUUUUAUUUAUUAUUAUUGAUUGAUAAUCGGUUCAUAGUGUCAGAGACUGUCAGUGUGCAUUAAUCAACUGCCAUGCAUUGUUGCUGUUUAUUAUCGUUUAUAAUAUCUCUGAUAAAAUUAAGAGAGUAUUAUUAAAAGUUUAUUGAACUAAUAAAAGAUGAAACGUGCACUCGAGGUAGAUCUUGAUAAUUAUCAAUCGGAGAAGAAUCCAAUUGUAUUUUUAGACAUUGCUAUCGGUGAGGAGUACGUCGGACGUAUUAUUAUUGAACUCUUCAAAGAUUUAGCACCACGUACAGUAGAAAACUUCCGAUCAUUGUGCACCGGAGAACAAGGAAUUGGUGUCAAUGGAAAAAAACUUUGUUAUAAAGGAUCUAUUUUUCAUAAAGUCGUGUCUCACUGCAUGAUUCAAGGGGGAGACAUUAUAAAUUUCGAUGGCACCGGUGGCGAAAGUAUUUAUGGUCCUCAUUUCGAGGACGAAAGCCUAAAAACUCCUCAUUUGGAUGCUGGUUUGGUGAGUAUGGUGAAUGAGGGUCGACCUCACACUAAUAGUUCACAAUUUGUUAUCACGGCAAUGUCAUGUCGACAUUUGGACGAUACAAAUGUCGUUUUCGGUAAAGUUCGAAAAGGCAUGGGAGCAGUUAUGGAAAUAAAUAACGUUCCCACUAUAAGCCAGAAACCAGAAGAGAACGUGUCAAUAAUUAAUUGUGGAGAAUUGAAAAAGGGUGAAAGUUGGGGAUUAGAGGAUAAUGACGAGACCGGCGAUGUUUAUACACUUUGGCCAGAGGAUUGGAAUCAAGAAUCCGAAAAACUUAGUUACAAAUAUCUUGAGGAAGUGAUCACGAAAAUUAAAGAUUCGGGAAAUUUUCACUUCUCGAAUGGAAAAUAUAUGGUUGCUAAUGUAAAAUAUAAAAAGGCCCUGAGAUACUAUGAUUGGAUGAUGAACUUAAAAGACUUACUAGACAAACCUGAUAAAUCGUUCGAAAAUCAAAAAAUCGUCCUACUUUUGAAUCUUACUGCUGUCAAAUUAAAACAACGAAAAUUUAAGGAGGCACUCGUUCUCUGCAAUAAGGUUUUGGCAAUAAAUGAAACAAACGGAAAAGCACUAUUCAGAAGGAGUCAAGCUUACUUCGGCUUAAAUGAAUACCAAAUGUGUCUUUUGGACCUCAAACAAGCGAAUCAAGAAUGUCCUAAUAACAAAAAUAUAUUACAAGAAAUCGAUAAAGUCAAAAAGGUAAUGAAUUCGUACUUAAUUGUUGAAAAGGAAACUUUCAAAAGAAUGUUUAAAUGAAACAAAAUAAUAAUUUGUACAUAAUAAUGCGAAAACGAAAUAGGUAUUUUUAAAAUCAAAAAAAAAUAUUUUUUUAACUCACUGAAAAAUUUACAAAGAUACAAAAAUUUUUGUAAAGAAAGAAAAUAUUCUCUUGAAGUUGAAAUCAAUUUAUUUACAAUGUAGUCUCAAAAUCUACAUUCUACAAUCAGAAUACUUCGCUUUUUUUUAUUUAUUUUUUUUGGAAAAAUGUAACAUUACAUUUUUAAAAACAAAUAUUUUCGAUUUUUUAAAUAAUUUUCCAGGGGGAAAUUUGUUUUUCAGUCGUUAUCCCUUUUUAAUAAAGGGACAAUUGAAUUUUGUAUAUUUAAAUACAUGUGAAAGAAAGACGAAUAGUCAGUUUGAAAUAGAAAUUUAAACUGACAAUUAAUACACUUCUGUGAGAUAUAUUUAUAAGUAAUUUAGAUUUUUAUAUUUUUUUUCGUAAAACGUUUACAUCGAAGAUACAACCUCUUAACGAAGAAAAAUAAUACAAGGGCCUAUUGUAUUUUAAUAGGGGAAAGAAACGAACUUUGAUUUUACUUCACUAUUUGUGGAAUUAUUGUAAUAUACAUAAAACAUUUUUCUUGAAAAUAUAUAAUAUGUUUAUCGCUUUUAAAAUUACAAAAAGAUUUUUUUUACUACAUAAACAUUAUAUUAGAUGGUAAACAAAUAUUUUUAAUCAACUUGAACUUAUCUAAUGGUUUUAUUUUAAAUUUAAAACUCUACAAAAGCGAAAAUUUGAUCUUGGAUGAAAAGAGUACAAAAAUAAAUAUUGUAAAUCGAAAAAAAAGUACAAAAUAAUUUUUGAAAAUGAGUUCAAUGUACUGAAAAAAAACAAUAAAACUACAUUUUUGAUGAGUAUAACAAAUAUUUUCUGACAGAAUGACAAUAUUAAUUAUAUAUAAUAAUGCGAGAAGCACAAAGCUAGAUUAUUCUGCAGAAGCUUUACAAAAAAGAAAAGGAAAAACAUUCUGCAGAUAAAAAAUUACUAUUUGUUUCUUUUUUUUUGUGCAACAUGGAAUGUACUUCUGGAAAUAAAUAACAUCAUUUAUAUUAUA